AUGGCAGGAAGCUCGAUGCUGGAGGACAAUGGUCAGGAGCUCAUGCAGGACAACAACAUGGGGUUGAGACCAGCGCCCGCUGACAACCAGCCCUUGGCUAAUCCAAGCAACCUAGCCCAUCCAUCUGGCGCCAACGGAGGUGGUCAGGGUCAAUUCGGUUAUCAUAGCCAGUGGAUGGGCCCGCAGAAUCAGUUCCAGGACAUGCACGCUUUCCAUCCCAAUUUCAUGUUCAAUGCCAACGAGGUAACCGACGAGUACAAUCUGCUCAACGACUUCUUGAGCACCAGUCUUCUUGAAGAGGGUGGGGGUAUGUAUAACACCGACGAAUUCCGCGGCGCCUACAAUGACCCUUCCUUUGGGAACCUGAACGCAGUUUCCUUUGGACCCAACAGUGCCGAUAUUGUUGCGCCCAAUCCACAACAAGCAUCUGGCAUGGCUCCAAGCCAGCUGCAAGCCAUGCAAGGCGCCGGCAUCUCACGACCUCCAAGCACCAAGCCGAUCACGGACAAGGCGCGCGAGAAAUACUACAUGACCGCGGCAGACCCAGCCGGCAACGACCCUCCGGAAGAGCGAAUGAACAAGCUACUGAAGGCCAAAUACGAUGCAGGGUUGCUGAAGCCGUUCAAUUACGUCAACGGCUAUGCGCGGUUGAACAAGUACAUGGAGAAGAACAUGAAGCACUCGUCGAGGCACAAGAUCUUAAUGCAGCUAGACCAGUUCCGACCGAAGUUCAGAGAGCGCAUGCAGAGCCUAACAGAUAUCGAACUAGUGCUGGUAGAGAUGUGGUUCGAGCGGAACUUGAUGGAAUACGACCGUGUCUUCGCCAGCAUGGCUAUUCCAGCUUGCUGUUGGCGAAGGACUGGAGAGAUUUUUAGAGGAAACAAGGAGAUGGCGGAGCUCAUUCGUGUUCCUAUCGAGUCUCUACGAGACGGCAAGCUCGCUAUCCACGAGGUCAUCGUCGAAGAUCAGCUGGUCAGUUACUGGGAGAAGUUCUGCGCUAUCUGCUUCGAUCAACAGCAAAAGGCCAUGUUAACCAGCUGUACGCUCCGAAGCCCAACAGCGGGUUCGGACCAUGCAGAGAUACAUUGCUGCUUCUCCUUCACCAUCAAGCGAGAUAACCACAACAUUCCAUCGUUGAUAGUCGGCAACUUCUUGCCAAUGGAUCCACCGAAAAGCUAG